AUGGGUCAAACUCUCUCCGAGCCCGUUGUCGAAAAGAACUCGGCCAAGGGCGAAGAUGAGCGCCUCCUCUACGGCGUCUCGGCCAUGCAGGGCUGGCGCAUAAGCAUGGAGGAUGCCCAUACCACCGUCCUCGAUCUUCUUGUUCCCGGUAGCGAUGACGCCAAGAAGCACGAGUCUAAACUCUCCUUCUUUGGAGUGUUUGACGGUCACGGCGGUGACAAAGUGGCUUUGUUUGCUGGAGAGAACAUUCACGAAAUCAUCAAGAAGCAGGAGACCUUCAAGAAGGGCAAUUACGAGCAGGCGUUGAAGGAUGGCUUUCUGGCGACGGACCGCGCGAUUCUCAACGACCCCAAGUACGAGGAGGAGGUCUCUGGCUGCACUGCCUGCGUUGGCCUGAUCUCGGACAACAAGAUCUACGUGGCAAACGCUGGCGACUCGAGAAGCGUUCUCGGUAUCAAGGGCCGGGCUAAACCCCUGUCUCAGGACCACAAGCCCCAGCUCGAGGCCGAGAAGUCCCGUAUCACAGCCGCCGGUGGCUUCGUCGACUUUGGCCGCGUUAACGGCAACCUUGCGCUCUCUCGUGCCAUUGGCGACUUCGAGUUCAAGAAGAGCGCAGAGCUCUCCCCCGAGGCCCAGAUUGUGACUGCCUUCCCCGAUGUCGAGACCCACGAGAUUAGCGAUGACGAUGAGUUCUUGGUCAUUGCUUGUGACGGUAUCUGGGACUGCCAGUCCUCUCAGGCGGUUGUUGAGUUUGUUCGACGUGGCAUUGCGGCCAAGCAGGAGUUGGACAAGAUCUGCGAGAAUAUGAUGGACAACUGCUUGGCUUCCAACUCGGAGACUGGUGGUGUUGGCUGCGACAACAUGACCAUGGUCAUCAUUGGCCUUCUGCGCGGCAAGACCAAGGAAGAGUGGUACGAGGAGAUUGCCAGACGUGUUGCUGCUGGAGACGGACCUUGCGCCCCUCCCGAAUACGCUGAAUUCCGUGGUCCCGGAGUUCACCACAACUUCGACGACAGCGACAGCGGCUACGACGUAGAUGUUGAGAACAAGGGCAAGCCUUUUGGCAUUGGCGGCUACAAGGGCCGUAUCAUCUUCCUUGGCGACGGCACUGAGGUCCUGACCGAUUCCGACGACACCGAGAUGUUCGACAACGCGGAGGAAGACAAGGAUCUUGAGAGCCAGGUCUCCAAGGCCUCCUCAGCAACAAGCAAGGACGGCGAGGCUGACAACAAGUCGGCCACGAAGCCAGAGCAGGAGAGCAAAGCAGACGCGGACAAGACCAAGGAGGAGUCAAAGCCGGCCGCGACCUCUGAGUCGACAGAGUCGCAGAAGGCCGAUAGCAAGGAGAAGUGA